AUGAGCACAGCCGACAUGCAAGCCCAAAUACUCGAGGCCUGCAACAAAGUGGAGAUAGUUGCCGGCAAGAGCGGCAACUUGCACGGCCCGUACAUUAAGGCCUUAAAGGACGCAUACAUUUUGUUCCGGACGCACUCCGGGGAGUUGAGGAAGAGGACGACCUCAGCAGCGCCGGAAUCAGUCCUGGAGAGGGAGAAUCAGGCCCUCAGAAAGCAGGUGGAGGAGUUAACGGCGCAAGUGGGAAGCCUGGCGGAGGUGAUUGCUGAACAGGGGCGCAAGUUAGACGCCUUCAGCAAGACCCCCGCCACGAAGAAGGUGGACACAGCAGCGAUGACGACUACGCGACGCCCGACCGAGGCCAUGGAAGAAGUAACCGUGGCCAUGGAGGGGAUGGCGGUGGAGAGGGAACCAGUGCAGCCCCUCCCUGAACCUAUCGUCAGGAGAUCGCUGCGACAGAAGAACUGCAAUAGAAGGGCGGUGGAUACGUCUCCUGACAGCGAUGAGGAGGAAGAUAUGCCUCCCCUUCCCGGCACUGACGACAACCGAGAGGAGAGACUACUACAAGCGGUGGCCUCCAUCGUGGAAGCGAAGAUGGCAUCCCUCCGCGGUGAGCUCCGCCCAGUGAGGACAACCCCUUCCGCUUCCCGGGAGACGGCUAGGGAGGCGAAAAGUGACGGCGCAGUUCUACCGCGCAGUUCUCCUGAGGAGGCGAAAAGCAAGAAGAAGAAGAAAAAGAAGAAGACGGCCGCCACUAAACCCGUGGAGGAGGAGACAGUGGCAACACCAAAGGCAGCACAGACAACGCAGGUGAAUAAAACAACUCCCCCCGAGGGGCAGUGGUCCAAAGUUGUAGGCAGGAAGGAGCAACGGACGGUCCGGAAGGCGGCGGCAGCUCCGCCCCAGAAGCAGCCCCCCACCCAGAAGGAGGGCCAGCAGAAGAAGGAGGCGGCGGCGCCCAGAAUACAUUUAUGGGUCACUUAG